AUGAAAGCCGCAAUGUCUCUGAAAGAUUACGUCACAGCUAAUUACAAAGCCGGAACCAGCCCCCUCUGCGCACAAGACGUCGAGAACUUGGACAAUUGGGAGGUGGACGGGGAAUUGUUCGGUAAACUUCACGCGUUAAUGGCCGAAGGCUUUCAAGAAAUGUUCGGGAUCGGAAAAAGGCUUAGGGAGACUUUCCCGAAACUAUUUAGCAAUAUAGAAAGCGGUAGAUACACUAUUCGAUCAGCGGCCGGACAUUGGGUGGAGGAUGGCGUUGACUCCUUCGCUGCUGGACUGUCGAACAAUAGGAGUUUGAGGACUGAACGCCUCGUGCCAACCAAUGAUAGUUUAGCGUUAAAAAGAAGUGUCGAGAAACGCGUCGGGACAAAGCUAAAUAACGACAACGUCACAGCGCUUUACGACCUCUGCCGAUAUACGUGGUCAGGUAUUAACAACGAACGGAGUCCCUGGUGCGCUCUGUUCUCAACAGAGGACCUCAAGGUCAUGGAGUUCGCUGGAGACCUUCGACACUACUAUAGAAACGGCUACGGAAACAAAAUAAACGUACAAAUAGGCCAGAUCGUUAUCUCUGAUUUGUAUCGGAGAUUUCUGAGCGUCAGAAACGGGCUAGAUCAGAAGAUUACAGCGUACUUCAGCCACGCUACUAUGCUGGAUAUGGUUGUAUCUGCGCUUGGAAUUUAUAAGGACAAAAUGGCGUUGGUUGCGGAUACUCGUAACGAGGACAGGCUGUGGAAGACGAGCAAAUCGUCGGUCGUCGCUGGAAACCUGAUUGCGACGCUCCAUAAAUGUGCAGAUGGGUACAAAGUGGCAUUUUAUUUAAAUGAGGAGCUUCUGACAUCUAUGUGUGGUAAUGGAGUUUGCGCUUGGAAUGAAUUUGAGGAGAUAUUCAUGCCUUUUUUGAAUACGACACGAGACGUGUGCUAUUGA